CUUCCCUGCAGGGAACGAGGAGGCAGCGCCGGGGAGAGGGAGCACCCCCAGAUCUCGGGGGUCUGGGGGCCCUGGGCAUGGCCUGGGCUGGGGACGGAGUCGGGGGACACCUCACGGUCCUGGCUCGGGUCCCCGCAGCCAUCUUGGAGUCCGGGAGCAGCGAGGAGGAGGAGCAGGAGGAUGAAGAGGCAGCUCCUGGCCAGCACCCGCCCCUGGAUCCAGUGCCAGAUGACACGGAGACUCGGUUGGCUGAGCUGGAGCAAGCGUCGCAGGCGCUGCUGGCCGAGCUGGAGGCGCUGGACACCGAGGUGGAGCUGGAGCAGCGGUGCUGGCAGCGAGCCCAGGCCUUCAGUGCCCAGGAGAACGCUCGGCUGGAGAGGCUCAGCCUGGCCAGGAGCCCCAAAGGGACCCCUGAGGUGACCCCAGAGGAGGUGACACCUGUGAUGGCACCUGAGGUGACCCCAGAGGAGGUGACACCUGUGAUGGCACCUGAGGUGACCCCAGAGGAGGUGACACACACGGAGGUGCCCCCGGAGGAGCCACCUGCCCCUACCCAGCUCCCAGCUCCACAGGAAGAUCUCUCCCAGCUCCUGGAACAUCACCGGGAGCUCCAGGCGCAGCUGCAGCACCUGCACACCCAGCUGGAGCUGGAGCGGGAGGAGCAGCAGCGCCUGCGGGCAGCCCUGGCCGCCAGCCAGAGGGCACUGAGGUCCUUCAAGAGAGUGUCCCAGAUUGUCACCCAGGAUUACUGCCAGGCCCUGGAGCAGCUGGAGCUGGAGCAGGACCUGCGCUGCCACGCCGAGGCCUUCGCCCACCAGAUGCUGCUCCAGCAGAAGGAGGCGAAGCGCCAGAGCUCCAUCCUGCUGAGGAAUGCCACACCAAAUUCCCAAAUCCUGGAAGCGCUCCAGGAAUUGGAAAAACUCAGCCGGGAGCUGGAGGAGACGCGGCAGGAACAGCGCCAGCGGGAGAAGGAGCUGGAGCGGGAGCGGGAGGAGCUGCGGCGGGCGCGGGAAGCGCUGCAGGAGGAGCGCGAGGAGAAGCGGGAGCUGAGGGAGAGGCUGGAAGGGCUGGAGAAGGAAGUGGGAUCGCUCCGGGAGCAGCUGGCGCAGCAGCCGCCACCUCAGGGCCACCCCGAGGUGCCACCGCCGCCACCGCUGCCACCGCCCGCUGCCACCGCCGGCCCCGCCGACCCCCUGGCCACCCUGCGGCAGAGGAAGGCGCGGAAAAGCCGGGAGCAAAGUGACGCAGGGACCGAGGACGUCCAUGCCCGGGCCGUGCAGGAGAUGCUGGAGAGGAUCCGCACCGGGAUCGUCCUGCGGCCGGCCAGGGCCAGGCCCUCCCCGUGCCAGGACUCCAUGACCAGCAAGAGGAGGAGCGCAGCGCUGGAGCUGCAGGGGAUCCUGGGUGCCCUGCGGAGGCCGAGCCGGAGGCGCAGCCGGAAGAGCCGGGAGCAGCAGCCGGGAUCCGUCCUGGAGCUGGGAUCCAUCCUGGAGCGGCGGCGCCGCGCCCUGGACGCUUCCGUGGGGGAUUCCGCAGGGAAUUCCAUGGGAAACCAGUCCAUGGGAAACCAGUCCAUGGGGAAUUCCAUGGGCACCACUUCCAUGGGCACCAAUUCCAUGAGGGAUUCUGUGGGCACCAAUUCCAAGGGAAACCAGUCCAUGGGCACCAAUUCCACAGGGAAUUCCACGGGCACAAAUUCCAUGGGCACCAAUUCCAUGGAUGGGGGAUUCCGCGAGGAAUUCCAUGGGAAACCAGUCCAUGGGCACCACUUCCAUGAGGAAUUCCAUGGGCACAAAUUCCAUGGGCAGCAAUUCCAUGAGGGAUUCCGUGGGCACCAAUUCCAUGGGAAACCAUUCCACGGGCACCAAUUCCAUGGGCACUAA